CACGCAAAUCGCGCAUGACUAUAGUUGAGAUUUGGGCAAAUGAAAUACUACGGAGUUCGCAGCUGUAGUGUCGACCGAUUGCCGUCAGCUUCAUCAAUCUUGUAGAAUCAGACGCAAAUCAUAAUCCAGAUAAUUACAGUCGCGUAUACUUGCAAAUUUUAAGAAGCUUUGCAGUAGUUUACGCGCACCGAUUCAGACGGGAAAACUCAACACUACGCUUCGUGCCUCGCGAAUCCAUCGAAACAAGUAGUCUUCAGCAUUGGAAUAAUCACUUCAUGAGAAUAUUCAGACUUACUAACAGUCAGCUUGUGGGUGUUCACCACGUUCGAUCAAUUAUUGUCUCAACUUCGUAAAUACAAGUUUCAUCGGCGAAACAUUAACGUUUAAUAGUUAGUCUCGAUCGUUGACUGCCAAGCGUGAAGGAAGGAACAUUUGAUAUUUGUGACGAUUAUCUCAUUUGCCGUCCUGGAAGCAGCUGCGAGCGAGUGCCGCGCGAGGUAGCGCAAGAUUCAAAGUAGUUUCUGAUUUGAAUGUGUCGCAUGUGGUCAAUCAUUUUCCAUUUUGGAUGGAUAAUUACAAUUUUUUCUCUCAAUCGAUUCGAUAGAGCAUUGUAAACGCAAAACACUUUGGUCAAUCUUAUCGGAUCGCGCGCCAAUUGUAAACUCAACACGCAUGAAUCACGGCAAGAGCAGAACGGCCAAUCGAAAGCGUUCGACCGAUUGAUUAGCGUUGAAAAGAACUUUUCUCGCGACGCAUCGAUCCUGCAAUGGCACGCUUCUUACUGCUGCUGUUCGCAUUCCUGGCAAUCGAGGCAUUCGGCCAGACACCAGACUUAUCCCGAAUCGAUCAGCUGCUCGACAAUCGUUAUAGCCUGCGGAGCCAGAGCGAAUUAAGCUUUGAGCCAAGCAACAACCCUCGGGACAUCCGCCGCAACGAGCUAGACACGGACUAUGAGUCAAGAGCAAAAAACCGGCGGCACGACGACGAUGAUCACCCACAAAUGCGAGCAAGCAGGCCUUACGGCAAAACGUCAGCGAAGAGCGCCGACGGCGGAAAAUUGGUGCCAAUCCCAGUACUGCUGCCAGUGCUCAUGUCGCAAACUUAUCCCGUGCCGAUCAUUCCGGUCGACAUCUCGACUGUGCGUAGAGGCCAUCAACACGCCUUUCCUGAUCACGAUCAAGAGCGUCGUCCAUUGGACGUGCAUAACCACCAACAUGAAUUUAUAGGACACGUUCAUUGAAGAAGUUACAAAAGUACUCCCAUCUAAGAUAGAUUUUUGCGUGUACCAAUUUGUCGAUAAAUAAAACGAUAGCAAAGCGAUCCAUAACGAACAUUGACAUUUAAAAAAAAAAAAAAAUUACUCCGUAAUGUUGACGCAUUAGCAGCGCCGUGCGUAUACGGUGAAAGUGAUGCGCGUCGAACAAAAAUGUAUGUGAAUUCUCGAAGAAGGAAGUAGCCUGCAGCCAAUACCGGUUUUCCACGUGCGAAUGUCAUUUAAAUGUCGACUACAUUGAAGUUUCGGCUUUUCCCAAACAUAAUUUUUCUGUUACUUUAUCCUUUGAUCCAUUGGUCGGCUAUACUUUAAAGUAAACAACAGUUUACAAGUGUGGAGUGUUGCUAAUACGAGUCGCAGUUUAAUACUGUCUCGAUCAAUACGGACGAUGUCCCAACAUACCAGUCUUAUCUUCGAAGCGCUUUCGAGAAGAAAAAAAAACCUUAGUCAUAAGUGUCAUAGAGCUCGUCAAUUGAGUAAACCGUGAAAUGUGCUGCACAAGCACUGUGUACUCAGCACUUUGAAAUAGCUUCUAUGCGCGAGGCCUCGACACUCCGAGUACAAUGAUCUCGUCGCGACCUUUAACCGUGGUAAGAUCAUUGCGCGAAAUAAAACUCAAACGUCUGGCACUCGACUAUGUGUUUGUUCUAGCACUCGACGCGAGAGAGACAAGGUCGCGGGAUCCUAAGUCUAACGUCGAACGAUGUUGAGUGGUUGUUCGGGGCCGAAGGACUCGAGGUUCGAUUUCUCAUUGAACCCCAUUGUUCGAAAUCCACAGAAAUCCACGAGGUUUUUACGCUCGAUUAUUUACCAAUUUUGAAUAACAUUCACUCGACCCCUCGCACGUCCAGCUCUAUCCAUCCGAUCCAAAUGUCACAGUAUCGCGGAUAAGCUAAUGAGAUGUAAUUAUGAGAACAUUUGGCCUUGCGAAGCCGUUCGUCGUUCUUGAAUCUCAGAGGUCACUUUUUCGAAAUAUUCCCCGCAGCUUCCGUGUGAGCACGCACAUGCAGACUUCCAACAGGAAGUGGAUUUCUCGAGGAAUAAGAGAUGUGAAAGAUGCCUCAGAGAACGAGAUACAGCUUACUACGGUCUGCGGUUAAGCGAAUAUUAUGCAAAUUUUAUCUCCCUAAAGAUUGUUCUCUCGAAACGUUUUAAAAUAAGGUUUUCAGCCACGAAAUGAAUUGAGACAAUGAAAUUCGUAGUGCGAACCUGAUUAUGUGUCUUGAUGCGGAAUGCUGAAGCUUUCAAGAUUCUCUAAGCCUAAGCAAAUGAAUCGCAAAUAAUAUGCGUGAAGUGAUUAGAAAGCCAAAUCUGAGGUUUCGAAUCUUAAUAUAGAGAAAUUGUUAUCAAGAGAAUAAUUCGAUCAUUCUCGCACGCCUUCAGGCAAAAGAAAGCGCUAUCAGGCUUUAACCUAUUCGGAGAUCAAUAAAUUGCAAAAUCAUAAUUAAUGUGCCUGGCUCUGCAUUUUUGAAAUUCACAAAUUUUUCAGCCUAUGAAAUAUG